AUGGCUUCUCUAACAUCAAACACCUCACCGAUCAAGACAAUAGUGGUUUUAGUACAAGAAAACCGCUCAUUCGAUCAUAUGUUGGGUUGGAUGAAAACCCUAAACCCAGAAAUCAACGGCGUCACCGGAUCCGAAUCAAACCCGUUAUCCACAGCAAACCCCGAUUCGAACCGGAUCUUCUUCGGAGACGGGUCGGUCUACGUGGACCCGGAUCCGGGUCACUCAAUCCAGGAGAUUUACGAGCAGAUAUUCGGUGUGCAGUGGAGCCAAGAAUCAUCCGCCGCCGGCGAGAAAAAGGAGCCCACCAUGCAAGGGUUUGCUCAGGAUGCCGAAAGGAAGACACGUGGCAUGUCGAGUGCAGUCAUGAACGGUUUCAAACCCGAAUCCGUACCCGUUUACAAGGAGCUGGUGUCGGAGUUUGCCGUCUGCGACCGGUGGUUCGCGGCGGUUCCGGCGUCGACGCAGCCGAACAGGCUGUUUGUGCAUUCUGCCACGUCACACGGCGCCACGAGUAAUAAUAGGGAGCUGCUGCUAAAAGGGUACCCGCAGAAAACUAUAUUUGACUCAAGUUAUAGAGAUUCCAUCGUUCUCGAGAACAACGAUAGGGUUACAGAGAUUGCAUGA